UCAAUUUAUCACACACAUAAAUAUUUCAAUUUCCACUGUUACAGUCUCUUCUCUUCAUCCAUAAUUCAAUUCCUUUAAAAUCUAUUCCCAUGGCAACCGAAGAAUCCAUCAUCGUCGUCCUUGAACUCGUGUCCGAACCAGCAAUCGCCGAACCUCCAGUCUCGGAGAAAGUGGAGGAACCAAAGGCUGAAACUGAGAAGACGAAGAAAGCCAAGGAAUCGAAACCUAAGAAAGCUUCCAAACCACGAAACCCUGCUUCUCAUCCUACUUACGAAGAGAUGAUUAAGGACGCAAUAGUGUCGUUGAAGGAGAAGAAUGGUUCGAGCCAAUAUGCUAUAGCGAAAUUCAUCGAGGAGAAACAGAAACAGCUUCCUGCUAACUUCAAGAAGUUAUUGCUCCAAAACUUGAAGAAGAACGUUGCUUCUGGAAAGCUUGCUAAGGUUAAAGGUUCAUUCAAGCUUUCAGCAGCGGCUAAGAAGCCAGCAGUUGCCAAGCCGAAGACAAAGCCAGCUGCCAAGAAGGCUGUGAAAGCUAAGCCAGUGGCUAAGCCUAAAGCUAAAGCUGUUGUUAAGCCAAAGGUUGCUUCAAAGGCAAAAUCUGUUACUACCAAGCCCAAAGCGGCUGCCGCCAAGCCUAAAACUGUUGCUAAGACAAAAGCAGUUGCGAAACCAAAGGCCAAGGCAAGGCCCGCAAAGGUUGCAAAGACAUCGACCAAGACGGCGCCAGGAAAGAAAGUUGCUGUUGCGAAGACUGCGCCUAAGAAAGUUGUUGGUACAAAGAAAGCUCCGGUGAAGAGUGUGAAAGCUAAGAGCGUCAAGUCUUCCGGUGUGAAGAGAGGAGGAAGGAAGUGAGAGUUUUGAUAUCUUAGCUUAGCAUUGUAAAAAUCUUGUGUUCGUUUUUUUUAAUACUGUUAGUUUAUAUAAUAUAGUUUAUUAUAACAUAACGUUCUGGUUUUGUUAUUCGUCCCUUAUAACUAUUUGUGAUAGAACUAUAUAAUCCUUCAUAAUUAUUUAAAGGACAAA